AUGAGGCUGAAAUUAACGCAUGAGGAAGCACCGAAACACAAGUCGCUAGUGACUGCAGUUGGAUGGUACAAGACUGGCAAGCAAUACGAGCUGCUGUCAGCCGGUGAUGAUCAGGAAAUCUGGAAGUGGCACGUGGAGGGAUCCCCGAUAGUGAAGCUGGGAAGCUGCGAGUCCUUCUGCACGGCCAUGGCAUGGAUGCCCAGUGGCAAAGGCUCCGAAAACACGUUUGCACUUGGAUGCGCAGAUGGGACAUUCAGACUGGUCAGUGAAACCGGCCGGGAAGAAAAGAAGGUCGAUGCGCACAGGGGUGCAGUCAUCUCGCUGCGCUGGAGCUUUGAUGGUUCUGCCAUCGCGACGGCUGGCGAAGAUGGCAUCGUCAAGGUCUGGUCCAGAAGCGGAAUGCUACGGUCAGCACUUGCACAGCAGUCCCAUGCCAUCUACUCGGUGGUUUGGUCUCCGGAUUGUGAGCACAUUCUCUUUGCGUGCAGUUCGAAGAUCCACCUCAAAUCCAUUCAGGCCGGCCAGAAGCAGGUCGAGUGGAAGGCGCACGAUGGCGUCGUCAUGAUGCUCGACUGGUCCUUUGUCAAUAACACGAUCCUUUCUGCCGGUGAAGACUGCCGGUACAAGAUUUGGGACUGUUAUGGUCGGCUUCUUUUCAACUCAGCUCCUCUCGAUCACGUAGUGACCUCCAUUGCAUGGUCCCCGACUGGCAAACAUUUCGCCGUUGGAAGCUUCAACACACUGAAGCUCUGUGACCGCACUGGCUGGUCCUACUGUCGUGAAGCGCCAGAUGUCGGCUCUAUCUUCUCCAUCUCCUGGUGCAAUGACGGUACGCAGCUUGCCUGUGGUACCGGGAGUGGCCACGUUGUGUUCGGAAGCCUUGUUGAAAGGAGCUGCACGUGGCAGAACAUGGAUGUGACCCUAGAUGAGAACAACAUGAUCACUGUUGUGGACAUUCUCAAUGAGACAAAGGAGGAGUUGGAUUUCCGUGAUCGAGUCACCGACAUGUCGCUGGCCUAUGGAGCUCUGGUUGUAAACACCAACAGCCAAUGCUUCAUCUAUCAGUCGACAAACUGGAACACGCCACACGUAGAGGACUUGAAAGAGCCACCGACCCUCAUCGUCCAGUGCCCGCACCAUUUCGCUCUGGUCGACGCCAACGGAAUUCAAAUCAUCAACUACGAAGGCCGGCAGUUGUCUACCAUAAAAAUGAGCGGCCUCCGCUAUGAGUUCUUGAACCACCAGACAUUGAGCAUUUGCAGAGAUGCCGUUGCGCUGGUAGAUCCUGCUCAACCUAAGCAGAUUCGUGUGUUCGACGUUUUCACCGGCCGUCCCAUGCAUCCGCAGGGGACUUCCAUCCAGCACAAACUGGACAUCGUGCGCAUUUCUCUCAACCAGCAGGGAUCGGGCAGUGAUCGCAAGAUCGCUAUCUUGGACAAGAACAAGGACUUGUACCUCACCAAGGCCAUGCAUCCAGACAAGACUGAGAAGCUUGGUGCCAUGGUGGAUACAUUCAUGUGGAAUGACAGUACAGACAUGCUCAUUGCACUGAUUGACGAAAAGCUGGUGAUCUUCAUUUAUCCAGCUGUCUGUUUCGUGGACAAGGACUUGCUUCCCAAAACGCUGCAGUCAAAGACCUGCGCUGAUGCUGGCAAGUAUGCACAGAUCGUUGCGUUCUACGGCUCCAACUGCACAAUCAGAAAGGCGGACGGAUCAGACCUGGCCAUGGUUACCACACCAUACCCUCAGCUGCUGUAUACGCAUUUUGAGAAGGGCCAGUGGGAGCAGGCUGUGCGGCUGUGUCGAUAUGUGAAGUCGCCAGAGCUCUGGGCUUCCUUGGCGGCCAUGGCGAUCCAUCAGCGGGCGCUGGACACCGUUGAGAUUGCUCUAGCCGCAAUAGAAGAGGUCGACAAAGUGCAGUUCGUUGCUCACAUCAACAAGCUGCCCGAUGAUGUCCUUAAGUCUGCAGAACUAGCAUUGUUCUGUAAACGGCCAGAUGAGGCGCUCAACAUCUUGCUACAGAACAGGCGCAUCUACCGCGCCAUCAAGCUCAACAUUCGCCUCCACAGAUGGAAUGAUGCUCUGGAGCUGGCGCUGAAGCACCAGACGCAUGUCGACACCGUCCUUGCAUACAGGCAGCAGCAUCUUCAACAAAUGAAGCACGUUGAGACCAAUGACCAGUUCAAGCAGUGGGCGACACAAGUCGAAGUCGACUGGGAGACCGUCAAACGAAAGAUUGCAGUAGAGAAGGACCAGGAGAUCAGAGCCGCCAACGGCGAAGUUGCUCCGGGCUAG